AUGAGAUUGACGUCAAAUUCAUGUGGCUCGGAUGGCUUUUCUAUCAAGUCAUAUAAAUGUGUGCUGCCUUUUUUUCAACAAGCAAUUACAGACCUCUUCAACGUGUCAUUAACUACAGGAGUUUUUCCGGAGAAUUGGAAGCUAUCACAUGUCAUUCCUAUUCCAAAAAAGGCUUAUCCAGUAAACUGUGAAGAUUAUAGGCCUAUAUCGCUGUUGCCAAACUUGUCAAAAGCCUUGGAACGGUGUGCUCAUGACCAAAUUGUUAAAUAUAUCAAUGACAUUAAUUACUUCGAUGAAUACCAGACAGCAUUUCAUGGAGGUUUGGGUACGCAGACUGCCAUUGUAAAGUUCUGUGACGAUAUAAGACAAGCGGUGAAUGAGUCAAAGGUUUCAAUUGCGAUCUCGUUUGACCUUAGCAAGGCCUUUGAUUCUGUUAAUCACAAAAGAUUAUUAUGUAAAUUGUCAUCUAUGAACAUGUCGAAUUCAGCCGUUGAUUGA